AGAAGGAAGGAAUAGAAAGGGAGAAAAGGAAAAUGACUAGUAGAAAUAAAUGAAAAGUGAUCUUUAAAGUUAGGACUGAUGAUAUCUGGCUUCACUCUGAGCAUGAUGUGUGACUGAGGUUACCCAGGACAACAGAGUUAGGGAAGGUCAACUCAGGCAACAGCAAACACAGUGUUGAUUUCCUCCAGGCAGCCAUGCUCACCAUUUCCAUUUCUACCUGUCCAGGGCCUUAAAGAAGAAAAUCUAUAAUGGAAGAAAUUAGUCAAGGCUCACUGGAUGACAUUUCUCAAACUAAGGAAAUUCUGAGAUUGAAGCAGGCAAAAAAGAAUCUUGACAACCUGAAUCUGGAUCUUGAAAAGGAUAUGCUGAACCUAGAUGAGGCAAACCAGGACCUUGUUGUGCAAAUCAGAGAGAAAGAACUACAGAUUCAAAGUCUAGAAAAACAGAUCACCAAGUCAAUAGGCCUAGUUGGGGAAAGAGAUGAAUUUAACCACACAGCAUAUGAGAAGGAGGAAGCACUGAAAAAUCUGAAAUUGGAGACUGCAAAAUUGGAAAAGAGUAAUGAGAUACUGGCUAGGAAUGUGAAUGAGCUACGGGUGAAGCUUUCCAGGAAACUACCAGAGAAUUCGAAAGAAGUUGAAAAAGAAAACCUGAAACAGAUGUUGGAAGAAUCAAAGGUGAAAUUACAAAAGACCAUAACCUUCUAUGCAGAACAGGAAAAAGAACUGGCUAAGGUAAUAUCUGAAUACCAAUCUGUGGACCAACUCUGCAAAGAUCAGGCUUACUACAUAAAGAAAUACCAGGAAAUUCUGAGGCUGAUGGAGGAGGACAGAGAGAUUCUGCUCCUUGAAACAGAAAUAACCAAAGCCCAGAACAUAUACAAUCAAUCUAACUUGAUUCUGGAGGAGAACUUGUUUAGAAAAGGGCAAAGACAUUUUUGCCUCAGGAUUGCCCAGUUUGUCUUCUUGAUGGUCGUAUUUCUCACCAGGAUGCUGAGUUUUGGGAUUUUGUAUCUUCAUUUUAUAAAUCCAAAUUUUGUCCUGGACAAUCUGCCCAAGAUUAUGAAUAGAGACACUUUAUGUAGACUGAGGAACUUUCUACUUCCAUCUCUCAAUCUCCACAUACAGGACAUUUUGCCACACUAGUCCAAGAUUAGGCCCUUCACUCUAGAAGGUCCCAAGUCUCUUCCAAGUUACAAAAGGGAAGUGAUAAGCAGUCACCCAGGCUUUGAGUGAGAAUAGAAAGGCCACAAGGGUGGACAGCAAGAGUUGUUUGAGUCAGAGUUAUACACAGUACCCCGGUCCUCUGUCUUCUGCAUUCAUCAUUUUCUUUUGAUUCCCUUUGGGAUUUCUCUCUUGUAAUAAAAACUUGAUAAUUUAA